AUGUCAAACCAAGUUACUAUCGACAACGCCGAAGAAAACAUUCUUUCUAAAUAUGGUAGCGCCGCUAAAGUUCCCUUCUCAAUGAAUAGAGAAGCGGAGGAUUCUUUGUUUACGUCUCGUGGGAAAUCAAACUCUUCGGAAAUUAGUAACAAUGGCACUGAUCCCAACUUGAGUGAUUCACAAAGAGACUUUCCUUCGUUGCAACCUUCAAUCCCGGCCAGUGUUGAUAACAAACAGGAAGGUUCCCCUAAAUCAAGCGCAUACGAUGCGGGUUAUCAACACACUGGUUCCACACAAGGUUAUACUUACCCUUACCCAUGGCCGAGUCCAUAUCCUCCAAUUGCGCCACCAAUGGUGCCACCAAUGGGGAAUGGCAUGUUCAACUGGAAUAUGAAUGCUGACGGAAUAAAAUACAUUCCGGCCACUAGCUAUGAAACAUUCAUGUACCAGCAAAAACUGCUGAACGAUCAGUUCAAGCAAUAUCGAAAGUUCUAUGACCAGAGAUCAGAAGAUGAUACCACUUCUGAGUCCGCUAAAGAGUCUAACAAUGAACAAGUGUUACCAGACUUGGAUGAGAUCAGUAAUCCUUCGGAAUUUCCCAGAUGGAUGAGAUCAUUCAAAAGAUUUCUGGAAGACAACAAACUAGGUGAUAUCAUACCUGACAGAUUAAAUGAAUCUGAGAGGGACGCCACGAAAAGCGAAAAGGCUUUCAUCAUUAAUUCCUUCAAAACAUAUGUGAAGGAAACAGCCUAUCCAAAGAGCGUCAAAGACGCAAUAAAAAGAGGACACGACCUGUUCCGAAUUAUCCUAUGCCAUGUAUCCGAAGACAGUAACCUUAGAUCCGCUAUAUGGAGAGAACUAACCACAAUAAGUUACGACGGAUCUGAAGAUUCAUAUUACUAUACUAGUAGAGUGAAAGAGCUUUAUAGUCAACUUAAAGCAACAAAUUCCAACAUCCCAGAAGACAUAAUUUGUGAAUACCUGCUCAAAAAUUUGCACGGUCAAUAUGCAAAGAUUAGGGAGAAUCAUUACCUGGAAUACGACCUGAACACAAUCGCAGGCAUUUCGAAAUGUGUAUUGCGCACAUAUGACAGAUUGAUAAAAAAUAAGAAACAUACAUCUGAAACAUCACCUUCAGUAACAAACAGACAUUGUUACAAGUGUUCCUCUGAGGGCCAUUUUGCUCCUCAAUGCCCAAAUGUCAAAGAUAAACUACCAAAACCCUCCAUCAAUUCACGAAAGGAGAAAAAGCCUUACCAUCGUAAGGGUAUCCAUAAAAUCGGACUCACCCGCGACACAGAGUUACUUGGCAUUCUCCAGAAUUCGAAGAAGAAACGUCCGAGUAUGACGAAGACACCACAAACUGGUGAACUAGUUGAAGAUAACCAACAUCUAUUGAUUGACUCUGGGGCCGCCAUAUCAGUAAUUCGCGACCCAGGCCUCCUUCACAACAUUAAUAAACACCCCAAUAUAGGCAUAGCUGACGCGCAAGAUCGUGAGAUCCCCAUAAGUGUCAGUGGUGACCUACAGCUAAGCUUCCCGGGUACCUCCAUUAUCCACACACAGGCAGUGGCAUCUACAGUGCCACAUGUCGACAUAUUGAGCCUCCAUGAGCUCCAAAAAAACGGAAUCACCGUCGACUUCAACAAUUCCCAAGUAACUAAUAAUAAAGGGAAAAUGGUAGCACGGAUCAAAAAGAUCGGACCUUACUAUUGGAUACCGGCAAAAUAUAUCCAUAAACCACACAAAAAGUUGAACGUCAUGAACGUUCAAAAACAACCAUUGUUCCCUAUGGAAUUUAUACAUCGGCUCCUAGGUCAUGUCAACAUUAAAACUUUAAGAGAUUCCAUUAAGCAAGGGAUGCUGACAAAUUUAUCCAUGGAUGACAUAGAUUGGUCCGGAUACUCUAACUUCCAGUGUGAGGAUUGUGUGAGCGGAAAAAGCAAAAAGCACAAACACUUGGUGGGUUCCAGAUUGACAUACCAAAAAUCCUAUCAACCCUUCGAGUUCUUACAUACCGAUAUUUUUGGACCUGUACCUCACAUGCCCACAUCGUCACCAUCAUACUUCAUGGCAUUCACAGAUGAAGCCACGAGAUUUAGAUGGGUUUUUGGCUUGUGGAAUAAAGAAGCUGAAACGGUUACCUCAAAGUUUCGCGAACUGGUAAAUAUGGUUAAAACCCAGUUCAACACAAAGGUACGCAGCUUCCAAAUGGACAGAGGAUCCGAAUAUACUAAUAAGACAAUUCGUAACUUCUUCAAGGAGUACGGAAUAAUCCCGUGCUACACUUCCGUAGGUGACUCAAAAGCAAACGGAGUAGCUGAACGACUUAAUUAUACACUGCUCGAUGAUUGCCGGACACUGCUUCGCAGUAGCAAUCUACCAUUACAUCUUUGGUUCUAUGCAGUGCAGUUCUCGACGCUAAUGAGGAACUCAUUAAUAACGUCCAGUGUUGGCACUUCCUCCAGGGCCAAAGCAGGUCUGACAGGACUAGAUGUCAGCACUAUUUUACCAUUUGGACAACGUGUCAUGGUAAAUAAUCCGCCAAAGAACAAACUUAGACCACGGGGUGUAGUGGGAUUCGCACUCACACCAUCCGCGGAAUCCCAUGGCUAUCUAAUAUACAUCCCAUCGAAACAUACCAUCACUGACACUACGAACUACCUGAUAAUUCGGGGUGAUCCUCACGACAGGACAGAUGACGCCGACGCAGUCAUCGCUCCCCUACUUGAUCAACUCGAAGCCAGACAGGACGGUGAAUUCGAUAAUAAUAUGUCCACCCAUUCGGGUGGUAUGGAAAUGGAUGUGUCAAUCCAUUCGGGUGGUACCAUUCAUCAAAGGCCUGUAUUACCAACCCCAACAGCCGAUAACCUAUCUACCUCGUCGGGUGGUAAUGACCCUAUCCAAACUGGAACCACAGAUACAACUGAAGUCAUACCAGAGUAUAUCUCUGAGGGCAACAAUGACGUUCUAGGACCAGACAUCCAUGAUGAUCCACCGGAACAUACCAAUGAUGAUCCACCGGAACAUACCAAUGAUGAUCCUCCUGAACAUACCAGUGACGAGAUCGCUGAUGAUAUCGAGGAACAUGGUUCAAACAUGAUCAAUGAAGAUCCCCGAAUCAAUCUUCAAAGCGCAAACCAUGCUGUCACCUAUGAUGAUACAGAAGGUGACGAUCAGCCCACGCAGAAUGAACCAACGUCAAACCCCAUAAAUGAUCCAGCAAACGAUCACCCAUCGUCCGCCAUCAUUGACAACACUAAGACACCGGAUCCAAUUCCCGAUACCGUCUCAAGAAGAACCAUCAAUAAUGAUAUUGACCCAAGCAGUGCAAUUGCAUCCACAGUCGGAAUACAGGCAUCUGCUUACGAUGAUGUUGCUCCUACUACGGAAGAUGAGCGCACCACAUCAUCGACCUCCACAGCAGAACUCGAUCCACUUCCCAGCGAGGAAGAGUCCCCCGCACCAGAGAGUACUACUGUAGCAACUCCCGAUAGCGAAACACCUGAGUCUAUCUCCAAUGUGGGUGGUAACGAUCAGUCUCCAGAAGUUAAUGCUAAAAGUUUAGAAGAAAGAAAGAAUAGAAUUUUUCAGUACCGUAAUGGCGACAUCCCGAGGGUAAAGCCACCAAGUACAAAAAGAAAAAGUAGUCUAGCUCUAGGUGAAAUUGAAGAUAGGACUCAACGCAAGAGACCAAAGCGUCAUAUACUUUAUGUCAACGCAGUACACUCGAAUCCAACUCCUCAUAUUAAACCCUCCUUAAGUUACUAUGAGGCAAUUGUCAAUAAUGAUGAUAAAAAUGAUGCAAAAGGAUACAACGAAGCCUACAUGAAGGAAUAUGACCAAUUGAUCAAAAUGAAGACCUGGGAUCCUAACAAACCUGUAAAUGAAAAGACGAUCCCUAGACAACAAAUAAUAAACUCCAUGUUUAUUUUCAACACUAAGAGAGAUGGAAGGAAGAAAUGCAGAUUCGUUGCAAGAGGUGACCAGCAGAAGGCUGGAACUUACAAAGAAGACCUCAAAGCAAACACGGUACAUCAUUACGCCCUGAUGACCAGUCUCAACAUAGCACUAGACAAGAAAAUGUUUAUCACCCAAUUAGACAUAUCCUCAGCGUACCUAUACGCUGAAUUGGAAGAAGAUCUGUACAUCAGAGCACCUCCACACAUGAAGCUCAAAGGAAAAGCAUUCAAGUUGAACAAGUCACUAUAUGGACUUAAGCAGAGCGGAGCGAACUGGUACAAGAUGAUUGGCAGUUACUUAACCAACUCUUGCAACAUGACAGAAUUAACCGGUUGGCCAUGCGUGUUCAAAGAUGAAAAUGAAUGUUUUGUAUGCCUCUUUGUAGACGACAUGAUCGUCCUGUCUAAAGAUAUCAAGGCAGCAAACAAACUGGUCAAAACUCUAAAGAAAAAGUUCGAGACCAAAGUGAUCCACGAUGGGAAAUUAGACGAAAACAACAUGGCCACAUACGAUAUUCUAGGACUGGAAAUAGAAUAUACGUUCGGAAAGAAAAUGACAAUAGGAAUGGAAAACUCCUUAACCGAAAAGCUUCCACAUUUAGGUUUUGAUAUCGAAAAGGAUAACAAGAAGUUUCUUGUGCCAGGCACACCAGGUGAACACAUCCACAAAGAUAAUCUGGUCGUUGAAGAAGACGACUACAAAGAAAAGGUUAAGCAAAUGCAGAAGGCUAUAGGAUUGCUAUCAUAUGUGGGAUACAAAUAUAGAUUCGAUAUUCUAUAUUAUGUGAACAUCCUAGCUCAGCAUACACUAUACCCCUCAGAGCAAGUGGAGAAACUCACCAAACAGCUGUUGAACUUCGUGUGGCAGUCAAAACACAAAAAGCUGAUUUGGCAUGCCAACAAGCAUACCAAGACAAAUAGGAUUACCGCUAUCACUGACGCAUCGUUUGCGAAUGAAGAAGGAUUCCGAUCACAAUUGGGCCAUUACUACUGCCUAAAUGGAAAAGUCAUCGGUGGGAGAUCAUCUAGCGAAAAACUGCGUGUCAUAUCAUCUACCGAAGCAGAAAUAUAUGCGGUAAGCGAAUCAGUCCCAAUGUUACAAGGAGUAGCAUGCCUAGUAAAACAAAUUGAUCCAUCAUCAUCACUUAGGUCGAAGAUACUAACUGACUCAAAACCUACUAUAUCAAUAGUAGAGGACCAAAGCGAAGAUUCAAGAGCGUUCAGAAAUCGUUUCUUCGGGACACGAGCUUUCAGGUUAAGAGAUGAAGCUAGACGCAACGAUCUGAAGUUCGAAUACAUAAAGACAGAAGAUAACUAUGCGGACAUAUUGACCAAGCCUACAUCAAUAGCCAUAUUCAAGAAGCUUACUCAUUCAUGGGUGAAAUAG